CAUAUCAACAAAGCCACAAACUCACUACUUUUUUCUGACAAACUACUAAUAAACCCCAUUAUCUUUGGACCCACUUUAUUAAGAUCUCUGAUAUCAAAUGGCAUUUUUGUAAUUCUACACUGCAUCAGCUGCAUAUAUUUAGCACCAGGUCGCAACACGCAAUUUUUCUCUUUCCUCCUCUCUCGCAAAUUCUCUGCAUUUUCCGAAGAUCUGUGAGCAGAGAAGAAGGAAGGAAGAGGAGAAAAGCAGGAGAAAAAGACCAAGCUCCCUCUCUCUUCUUCUCCACCAUUUUUAAACCCCCAAAAAACUUAAAUUUACCAAAAAAACGCCAUUGAAGAUGAUCUCUCUUUCCAGAGCCAAUUUCUUGGGUACCAAACCAGGUGUCUCGGGGAUAUCAAACGGGUCGACCCGGUUGCAGAGAAGAGGCCCGGAGGUGAUUCGGGUAGCGGUGGGUCCAUCCAAAGGCCGAUCAGCUGAAGGAAAUGGCACCAUUUUGACGGAGGAAGGUGGAAUAUCAGCUUCUUCUGUGAUUGACUUGAAUGAUAAAUCGACGGUUAGUGGUGGUGGUGUGGAAGAUGUGUACGGUGAGGAUUCUGCCACGGAGGACCAGCUUGUUACUCCUUGGGCUCUCUCCGUCGCUAGUGGUUAUUCGUUGUUGAGGGAUCCUCGCCACAACAAGGGGCUUGCUUUCACAGAGAAGGAAAGAGAUGCACACUACUUACAGGGUCUUCUUCCCCCUGCUGUUGUUCCUCAACAUCUUCAGGUGAAGAAAAUGAUUCAUAAUAUCCGUCAAUAUCAAGUUCCCUUACAGAAGUACAUGGCAAUGAUGGAUCUUCAGGAAAGAAACGAAAGGCUUUUCUACAGGCUCCUUAUUGACAAUGUUGAAGAGUUACUACCUGUGGUCUACACCCCAACUGUUGGUGAGGCCUGCCAGAAGUAUGGAAGUAUCUUCAAGCAACCUCAGGGUCUCUUUAUUAGUUUGAAGGAAAAGGGAAAAGUCUUAGAAGUGCUGAAGAACUGGCCAGAGAGGCACAUCCAAGUGAUUGUUGUUACAGAUGGUGAGCGGAUUUUAGGUCUUGGAGAUCUUGGUUGCCAAGGAAUGGGGAUACCAGUUGGAAAGCUUGCUCUAUAUACCGCUCUUGGUGGAAUUCGUCCAUCAGCAUGUCUGCCUGUCACUAUUGACGUGGGAACGAACAACGAGGCAUUGUUGAAAGAUGAGUUCUACAUCGGGCUUCGUCAAAAGAGAGCGACGGGGCAGGAAUACGCUGAACUCAUGCAUGAAUUCAUGACGGCUGUGAAGCAAAUAUAUGGGGAGAAGAUUCUCGUUCAGUUUGAAGACUUUGCCAACCACAAUGCAUUUGAUCUACUUUCAAAAUAUGGUAGCACCCAUCUUGUCUUUAAUGAUGAUAUCCAGGGGACAGCCUCUGUUGUCCUUUCUGGACUUCUUUCAGCACAAAAAUUGGUGGGAAAACCAUUAGCCGACCAGACUUACUUAUUCCUAGGAGCUGGAGAGGCUGGCACUGGUAUAGCGGAGCUCAUAGCUCUUGAAAUUUCAAAACAGACCAAUACACCUCUGGAGGAGGCCCGUAAGAAGAUAUGGCUUGUGGACUCCAAGGGACUUAUAGUCAACAGUCGCAAGGAGUCGCUACAACAUUUUAAGAAGCCCUGGGCUCAUGAGCAUGAACCUGUGACAGGACUCCUCAAUGCUGUUAAGGCUUUGAAACCCAAUGUGUUGAUCGGGUCAUCAGGAGUUGGAAAGACAUUUACCAAGGAUGUGGUUGAGGCAAUGGCUACAUUCAAUGAGAGACCUAUCAUUCUUUCAUUGUCUAAUCCAACUUCACAAUCGGAGUGCACAGCUGAGGAGGCUUAUACAUGGAGUAAGGGCCGUGCAAUUUUUGCUAGUGGAAGUCCAUUCGAUCCAGUCGAAUAUGAAGGGAGAACUUUUACAUCUGGACAGGCAAAUAAUGCAUACAUCUUCCCUGGCUUCGGUCUUGGCUUGAUUAUCUCCGGUGCUAUCCGCGUUCAUGACGACAUGCUCCUGGCAGCCUCGGAAGCACUAGCGGCACAGGUAGCUGAGGAGCAUUUUGCUAAAGGUCUGUUGUACCCUCCGUUUAGCAAUAUUAGAAAAAUAUCAGCUGAAAUUGCAGCCAAGGUAGCAGCUAAAGCAUAUGAAUUGGGUCUCGCAACUCGACUACCACAACCAGAAAAUUUGGUAAAGUAUGCUGAGAGUUGCAUGUAUAGCCCAGCUUACAGAAGCUACCGUUAAUAACUUUUCCAAUACUGUCUCUUUUGGCUUGUGGUCUUUGUUGUUUAUCCAAGUUCAUUUUAUAGUUUCGCUGUAUGGUUUCACCAGUCACACAUGUAAUGCUUGUCAUGUUUGUAUUAGACACCGGAGUUGCAAAAAAGGUAUAAAAGAAAAAGAAAAAGAAAAAGAAAAAGGAAAGGUACGAAGGAUCAAGUAGUUUAGAAUACUAUUAUAGUUCAGACAAGUGCUGAUGAUGACGAAAAGGGCUAAAAUUGAUGAUGUUGAACUCUUUACUAGAGUACAGAGUACUAGUCUGCAAGACAAAACUAGGGAGACAGUAGCAAAUUCUUUCAUGUAAUCAGUAAAACUAGCGUCAUUGCGUGAAUUCAUAUGAUAAAUGUACAACUUUGUUGUAGAACCA